AUGAAUAUUGGUGGCAAUGAUGGAGGCAUGAACGAGCAGUCGUCUUCUUCUUCCUCUCAAAUACAACCUGGUACACAUGGAGAGGAAUCAUCAACACAUGAAGAGCAUGAUCUUUUGUUACCUUCUUCAAAUAUGAGUGAACAAACAAGAAGACCUGCAACACUUCAAGAACCACAGCAACCAGAACAACUACAACGAGAAGAUGUGUUUCCUGCAGCAGAGUAUGACAUUCCACCACCCUCUCCUUCUGUAUAUCCAAUGAGAAGAGCAAGCUUUUUGUUUCCAACCUACCAACAAUUCCUUUCUCAACAACAGCCAGCACAACAACCAGCAAUGCCCUCUGAGCAAGUGCCUGCCGCUGAGAAGGAAUUUAAAGAACAAGCCAACUUACCUCCUGGAUUGGAAAGACGUCGGUCCUCUGUUCUAUCCAUGCUCAUGCCAAGGCCAUCUCUUCAGGCACAAGGUAUUACUACAGCAACCACAAUUCCACGACUCUUUGAAGAAGUAAGACAAUCGAUUGAUAUUGUUCAUGAUGCACAAGUGCAGGAUGUAAAGAGACAAAAAGAACGCAAAAGACGUCACAUUACCACUUUUAUCAAGUCUCAUUUACACAAAAAGGAGGUCGAACAAGCCCAUAAGAAAAUUGUGAAAAUUGAGGAACACGAAAUGAGUUUGGAGAAAGUCUGUGAAAUGUAUGGAACGCAAUUUAAUGUUGAAAAUCCUGAGGGUUCAUACGGAUUGUCACAACAAGUAGCAGAAGAGCGACUGAAAGUGAAUGGUCCUAAUCAAUUUGCUCCACCGAAAGGUGCAGGAAUAUUGUGUUUCAUCAAUGUGAUCAUUGACAGAACUCCUGCUUCGUUUCCAAACAUAUUUCUUGGAGCUAUUUUGUGGCUGGUUGUCAUCAUGAAUGCCAUUAUCACAUUGGCUCAGGAGCAUAGCUCUGAGAAAACUAUGGCAGCAUUCUUGGCUCUUCAAACUGCGAAUUGUAUGGUAUUAAGAGAAGGUAUUAUGCAAAGAGUAGACGUAAAAGAAUUGGUGCUUGGUGACUUGGUGGUCAUCAAUGCUGGAGAUAAGGUUCCAGCUGAUUUACGAGUUCUCUCAUGCAAUAACCUCAAAAUGGAUAACAGUUCUCUGACGGGUGAAAGUGAACCUCAAUCGAGAAGUGUCGAAUCCAAUGUUCGCAAUUCCCUCGAAGCUACCAAUUUACUAUUCUUUGGUACCAUUGCAGUUGAUGGAAAUGGCAUUGGUGUGGUUAUUAGAACUGGUAAUGCAACUGUUAUUGGACAAAUUGCUGUGAUGGCACAAACGAGCACACAACUUAAAACACCACUCGGUAGACAAAUCGAUCACUUUGUUAGAACUAUUGGUUCCAUAUCAUUAAUCAUGGCUGUCAUUUUCUUUAUCAUUGGUUUGGCUCUUGGAAAUUCGUGGUUUGUUGUCUUUCUGUACAGUAUUGGUAUUGUCGUUGCAAACAUUCCUCAGGGUCUUCUUGCCACCAUGACCCUAUGUUUGACUGUUUCUGCACGAAGACUUCAAGCCGUCAAUGUACUUGCCAAAAAGCUGGAGCACGUUGAAACUCUGGGAGGUGUAUCUUGUCUUUGUUCAGAUAAGACUGGAACUCUCACACAAAAUAGAAUGACUGUUGUGGAAAUGUGGGCAGAUGGUGCUUUUAUUGACGUUCGUUAUAACAGAAUGAUGAAGCAGAAGCCAUCAGGUAAUUUGACCAACUUUUCAGACAUUUCAGAGAAUGACCUUACUACUGAGCAAAAAAUUGUCCGUUGUUGUGCUCUUUGUUCUAAAACUAUCUUUGUUGAGAAUGAGCUAAAUUUGCAAAAACCAAUCUUAGAUAGAGAAUGUAUCGGAGACGCAUCAGAGACUGCAUUGAUCAAGUUUGUUGAAACUCGUGAAAAUUCCUCCACUUUGGUUGAUAUUAGACGUCAAUUCCCCAAGCAAUAUGACAUUCCUUUCAAUUCCAAGAACAAGUGGAUGCUAACCAUUCACGAGUGUGUCAAUAAGGAUCUGUUCGAGCAUGGCCAACUUCUUACUCUUAUCAAAGGUGCUCCAGAACGUGUUAUUGGUAGAUGCAACUCGAUGCUUAUGAGAGGUCAAAUCGUACCACUGAAUGAAGACCUCAAAGAACACUUUCAAGAUGCCUACAAUUUUAUGGCCUCUAAGGGUGAAAGAGUUCUUGGUUUAGCACAACGAUUUACAAGUGCAGAAAUUGUCAACACUGUAAAAGUAAGGGAGGAAAUGGGAGCUGUUGAGUCAGCAACCAAAGAACAACAAGGUAUUCAAGCAGAAGCUUCUGCUCCCACCAUUGCACUUGCCUCUGAAUCUCGUGAGGAUUUAACCACAGCUGAACAGCAAGUUGAAAUUCCAACGGAUGGUUUUUGCUUUCUUGGAAUGAUAGCAUUAACUGAUCCACCUAAGGUAGGAGUACCAGAGGCCGUAGCAAAAUGCAAGAGAGCUGGAAUUCAGGUUGUCAUGGUCACAGGUGAUCACCCUACGACUGCAAAAGCAAUAGCCAAACAAGUCGGUAUUAUUGAUCCAGGAAGUAAAACACGUGAAGAUCUUGCCUUAGAAGAGGGAGUGAAUCCUGAAGACAUUCCAUGGCAACGAGUAGAUGCAGUGGUGUUACACGGAGAACAAAUCGAUCGUUUAUCAGAAGAGGAAUGGAGAACCAUUUUACGAAAGAAGCAAGUUGUAUUCUCUCGUACCUCACCUCAACAAAAACUUAUCAUUGUGAGCAGAUUCCAACAAGCAGGCCAUUGCACUGCUGUGACUGGCGAUGGAACCAAUGACAGUCCUGCAUUGAAAAAGGCAGAUAUUGGAAUUGCAAUGAAUAUAAGCGGUUCGGACGUGUCUAAAGAAGCUGCAGCCUUAAUAUUGCUCGAUGACAACUUUGCCUCAAUUAUCAAUGGAGUAGAAGAAGGUAGACUCAUAUUUGACAACCUCAAGAAAUCCAUUGUAUAUACGUUGGCCCAUCUUUUACCUGAACUGAUUCCAUUCUUGUUGUUUGUUCUAGUAGGAUUUCCAGCAGCCAUUUCAGGUCUAUUAGCACUUUGUAUCGAUCUUGGAACUGAUUUGAUAUCUGCCACGUGUUUGGCCUACGAGACAAAGGAGAGUGACAUUAUGAGCAUUCCACCAAGACCAAGAACUGAACUUUUGGUUGGUUUUCGUGUCUUGUCUGUUGCCUAUCUACAACUUGGAGUGAUCAUGACCUUUGCAGCGUUUACAAGCUUCUUCUUGUGUAUGGGCUUGUAUGGAAUUCCGCCAGGAUAUCUUUACAGAGCGACCUACCUUGGGUAUUUCGGUCUCACAUCCACCAAAUAUUUAUAUAUUGCCGAGUCUGGUUUGAUGUUGAGCCCGUUAGCUCAGCUGGAUAUUUUGAGUACCGCUCAGGCUGCAUUUUUCUUGGCCAUUGUGAUUUGUCAAUGGUUUACCUUAUUUGCUGUCAGAACACGAAGAAUGAGUCUCUUCACACAGGGUCUAUUUACUAAUCUUGCUGUUUAUUUUGGAAUUAUUUAUGCCAUUAUUAUUGCGGUGAUUGUGAUUUAUGUUCCAUUUAUUGGAGAUUAUAUUAUUGCCACGAGACCAUUAUUGUUCAUGUUUUGGUUGUUGCCACUGCCAUGGGGAGUGUUCAUUAUCAUUUAUGAUGAGGUUAGAAAGUGGUUGAUUCGAAGAUUGUACUUUACUCCACUUCUUUGGUGA